GCAGAGCCGCGCGGGGAGGGAGGGAAGCAGCGGGCGCUGAAUGAGCCGGGCGAGCGAGCCACCCCCGCGGGGCGGCGGGGCCGCCUUCCCCGCCAGCGCCCCCCGCCCCGUGCGCGCCCUGCCCUGAGCCCGGGGCCGGGGGGAUGCGCGGCCCGCGGCCGCGGCUGCCGGCGCUGCCCGCGCUGCUGUGGCUGGCGCUGGCCCCGCUGCCCGGCCCCGCGGCGCGGGCAGAGCUGCGGGUGCGGGUGCGGCUGCCCGGCGGGCAGGUGACGGAGGAGAGCCUGCAGGCCGACAGCGGCGCCGACUGCGUCAGCCUGGAGCUACGGGCGGCCGACGGCGCGCUCGUCACGCUCACGGCGGAUUUCAGACAGGAAGUGAAGAUUUUCCGUGCCUUAAUCCUCGGGGAGCUGGAGAGGGGCCAGAGCCAGUUCCAGGCCCUGUGCUUUGUGACCCGGCUGCACCGCAACGAGAUCAUCCCCAGCGAGUCCAUGGCGAAGCUGCGGCAGAAAAACCCCCGGACAGUGAGGCAGGCAGAGGAGGUGCGGGGCUUGGAGCACCUCAGCAUGGACGUGGCUGUGAACUUCAGCAAGGCAGCGCAGCUGAGCUCCCACAUCCACAACGUGUGCGCCGAGGCCAGGGAGGCCAUCUACACCCGCGAGGAGGAUGUCAAGUUCUGGCUGGAGAAAGGCGUGGACGGCUCCAUGUUCGAGGCGCUGCCGCCGGGCUCGGAGCUGCCGGGGCUGCCGCGCUGCCGGCGCUGCCCGGGCCGCUGGCGGCCGUGCCUGUGCAGUUACUCUCUGAGCAUCGAGUGGUACCCGUGCAUGCUCAAGUACUGCCGCAGCCGCGACGCCGCGGGCAGGCUGUCCUCCUACAAGUGCGGCAUCCGCAGCUGCCAGAAGGGAUACACCUUCGACUACUACGUGCCUCAGAAGCAGCUCUGCCUCUGGGAUGAGGAGACCUAGAGGCGGGCCGGCCUUCCCCCCGGCGAGGAGCCGGCUGCCCCGAGGGAGGGAUGCUGUUCUCAGUGCUCUGGGUGUGCCUUUCCCGUGCCUCCCUCCCCGCCUGAUGCUGCCCUGUGCUGUCACCACCAGGCUCGGCUGGCUGGGUGUGAUGCUGCGGCUCCCUGGAGCAGGAGAUGCAGGUUUUGGGGUGAAGCACGGGGAAAGGGCCGUGCUGCCCUGCUCUGGAGCUCCAAGAGGCAAUUCCCAGCCUCCAGCUGAUCUUGCUGAGCUGCGUUGCCAAACGUCUGUGCCACUGAAGAACCCCCCUGGCUGCCUUGGCCACCUCCUGGUGACACAGCUGGGUUUGGGACCACACCCUCUGAACAAGGAUGCUUUGAAGCCCACCCAAAGCAAGAGCCUGCCUGCAGCUUUUCCCAGUGCCUGACUGGCUGUUACAUCCCCCUGAGGAUGGAAGAGACACCGGGGGGAUGUAGCCCAGCAUCUUGUGCCACUAAAGAGCUGGUAAUUAGGGCUUUAAUUAAUCCCUAGCUAAGCUAGUGAAGGCCCAACUUUUUGUGUUGGUCUCGUGGCUGUUCCACUGAGAAAGAAACUUCUAGAGCCUCGUGAUAACCCUGUGGUUGCAAGGGGAGAGGAGGGUCCCAGGUGGGUUUUGAAGAAGGCAGGAUUCUACAUCCACGUCCAGUUUUGUGUCCUGCUCUGCCAGCCAUUCACAAGAAGCUCUUAAAUAACUGUACUGCUUUGCUGUGCCUUGGUUUCCCCCAUAUGCUGAACAAGGGUGACACUGAAGUUGUCCUUGGCCCUGGAAUGUUCCUGGAGGGAUCAGACAAAAAGCACUGCAAGUGCUGCUUGGUUCUGUGUCCUUUCCACUCAAAUUAGGACAAGCACAGAGGGGAGAGAAGCUCUUGGGGUCUCUAGGAGCCCCUGUGCCUUCACAAUGUGCCUUUUUGCCUCAAAUACAGGAAUUUUUUGCAAAAGAAGAAGAA